UCGAAUUCCCCACAGUGGCCUAUAAACCCAUGUUCAUGCAUCAAAAAAAGGCGAGGAGGACGCACAACCAACCAGUGUGAAGUGCACGCUAUAGCCGUGUUCUUUUCCACUGCGCAAAAAAAAAUCUAAUUUCCAGUCAGUUUUCAAUUUUUGGGUUCCAGGUGAAGGCCUAACCUGUGCUUCAUAGCCUAAACGCAGGAUUGUGGGGGUGAGGGUCUGUGGGGGUGAGGGUACCCAUGUGCAAAGAUGUCAGACGAGAGACAGGUGAUGCGCUCUCUGCAUUCAUCCCGUCUUCAACAGAGGGAGCACAGCCACGGAACGUGCCGUCAGAACAGGGACCAUGAAAGCAGCAGAGCGGAGAUUUGAGCAGCUGUAUCGUCCUACGGAUACUUCAGACAUCCUUUCACUCUAAAAGCGUUCUCUUCUUACCGACGUUGAAUGACAAGGCGGAAUGGCAGGUGGACGUCGAGGACUUGUGGCCCCACAAAACACUUUUCUCGAGAACAUCGUCCGACGAUCCAAUGAUACCAACUUUGUUCUGGGCAAUGCCCAGAUUGUGGACUGGCCCAUUGUGUACAGCAACGACGGCUUCUGCAAGCUCUCCGGUUACCACCGUGCUGAGGUCAUGCAGAAAAGUAGCACCUGCAGUUUCAUGUAUGGGGAGCUCACAGACAAGGAGACGGGUGAGAAAGUGCAACAGACCUUUGAGAAUUAUGAGAUGAAUUCGUUCGAAAUCCUCAUGUAUAAGAAGAAUCGGAUGCCGGUGUGGUUCUUUGUAAAGAUCGCUCCUAUCAGGAAUGAGCAGGACAAGGUGGUGUUGUUUCUGUGCACCUUCAGUGACAUCACUGCGUUCAAACAGCCCAUUGAGGAUGACUCUGUGAAAGGAUGGGGUAAAUUCGCUCGACUCACACGGGCUCUGACCAGCAGCCGGGGAGUGUUGCAGCAGCUGGCGCCCACCGUCCACAAGGGCGAGAACGUCCACAAGCACUCUCGUCUGGCUGAGGUCCUCCAGCUGGGCUCAGACAUCCUCCCGCAGUACAAACAGGAGACGCCUAAAACUCCUCCCCACAUCAUCCUCCACUAUUGCGCCUUCAAGACCACCUGGGACUGGGUCAUCCUCAUCCUGACCUUCUACACAGCCAUCAUGGUGCCCUACAACGUCUCAUUCAAGACCAAGCAGAACAACGUCACCUGGCUGGUGGUGGACAGCAUCGUGGAUGUCAUCUUUCUGGUGGACAUCGUGCUCAACUUCCAUACCACGUUUGUGGGGCCAGCCGGAGAGGUCAUCUCGGACCCCAAACUGAUCCGGAUGAACUACGUCAAGACGUGGUUCGUCAUCGACCUGCUCUCCUGCCUGCCGUACGACGUCAUCAACGCCUUCGAGAACGUUGACGAGGGCAUCAGCAGUCUCUUCAGCUCCCUCAAAGUGGUCCGUCUGCUCCGCUUGGGCCGGGUGGCCCGUAAACUGGACCACUACAUUGAGUACGGGGCCGCUGUCCUGGUCCUGCUGGUGUGCGUCUUUGGCCUGGCUGCCCACUGGUUGGCCUGCAUCUGGUACAGCAUCGGCGACUACGAGGUCAUCGACGAGAACACCAACAGUGUGAGGAUGGACAGCUGGCUCUACAUAUUGAGCGAAUCGGUGGGGACACCGUACCGGUUCAACGCCAGUGGCUCUGGGAGGUGGGAGGGCGGGCCUAGCAAGGACUCAGUCUACAUCACUUCCCUCUACUUCACCAUGACCAGCCUGACCAGCAUCGGCUUCGGCAACAUCGCCCCCACCACCGACGGAGAAAAACUCUUCGCUGUGGCAAUGAUGAUGAUCGGAUCACUCCUGUAUGCUACCAUCUUCGGUAACGUGACUACCAUCUUCCAGCAGAUGUACGCCAACACCAACCGCUACCACGAGAUGCUCAACAGCGUCCGCGACUUCCUCAAGCUCUACCAGGUGCCCAAGGGCCUCAGCGAACGCGUCAUGGACUACAUUGUCUCCACGUGGUCCAUGUCUAGAGGCAUCGAUACAGACAAGGUGUUACAGAUCUGCCCCAAGGACAUGCGGGCGGACAUUUGCGUCCAUCUUAACAGAAAGGUGUUCAAGGAGCACCCAGCCUUCAGACUCGCGAGCGACGGGUGCCUACGGGCCCUGGCCAUGGAGUUCCAGACCAUCCACAGUGCCCCCGGAGACCUCAUCUACCACGCGGGCGAAAGCGUAGACAGCCUCUGCUUUGUGGUGUCCGGGUCCUUGGAGGUCAUCCAGGACGAUGAGGUUGUGGCCAUAUUAGGAAAGGGAGACGUGUUUGGGGACAUCUUCUGGAAGGAGGUGACCCUAGCCCAGGCUUGCGCCAACGUCCGGGCCUUGACUUACUGCGACCUCCACGUCAUCAAGCGUGAAGCUCUGCAGAAAGUUCUGGAGUUCUACACGGCCUUCUCUAACCACUUCUCCCGCAACCUGCUGCUCACCUAUAACCUCAGAAAGAGGAUAGUGUUCCGGAAGAUCAGUGAUGUGAAACGUGAGGAAGAGGAGAUGCUCAAGAGGAAUAAUGAGGCCCCUCUGAACCUUCCUCCGGACCACCCUGUCCGUCGCCUCUUCCAGCGCUUCCGGCAGCAGAGGGAGGCGCGACUUGCAGCAGAGCGAGCUAGUCAGGGAGAGCCACCAGACGUGGAGAAGGGCACCAUCCACCUGGAGCAAACCAAGAUCCACGAGGUCCUCGCCUCCACCAGCAUCAUCAUGGUGACCGAGAGCCCUGCCACUCCCACAGCUUCGUCCACAUUGUCAUCUUUGUCCUCUAGGCCCUCUAGCCGAGUCAUGCUUCAUGCCCCUGCCAUCCAAAAUGGCAACCUCGUAGGCUGCAAGUCCGCAGAGCCUGCGCCAAAGACCAAAAAGGGCUGGGGUCGUUUCAAGGAAUCCGUUGUGAAAGCAGAGUCAUGGAGCAGCGUUUCUAAGGCCGAGUCCAUGGAGACCUUGCCGGACAGGACUAAGUCCCAUAACGAGAUGUCUCUCAAGAAGACAGACUCUUGUGACAGUGGUAUUACCAAGAGCGACCUGCGCUUAGAUAACGUGGGUGACGCCCGCACUCCGCAGGACCGGAGCCCUGUGCAGUCAGAAGGGAAGCUGGUAGUCUGUCCUAUACCCGUACAGACCAUGCACGCCUCUUUCCUGGAGCUGAAGCAGGAACUUAGGGGAGACAUUGGGUCUCUUAAUGGCCGCAUGGCGGUGGUGGAGGCACAGCUGGCCGAGAUGCUUCAACUGCUAAAAUCGAAAAAGGCCUCUAGUUCGAGAAAGGCCUCUCGCUCAUCCAGUUUCUUUGAGAUGUCACGACCGGUAUCCCCCGAUUCCGAUAAGGACGACAGCUUCUCACAAUCUUGACACUGCAUGUUUUAGCAGGCUAUGCAAUGUUUCCCAACUCUAGUCCCUGAUUACCCCCAACAGUACACAUUUUUUUGUUGUAGCCCCGGACAAGCACACCUGAUUCAACUUGUUAAUUAUCAAGCCCUCAAUGACUUGAAUCAGGUGAGUUUGUCCGGCGCUACACCAAAAAUGUGUGCUGUUGGCGGUACUCAAACUGGAGUUGUGAAACAUUGGUCUAUGGGACAUGAAGUGAAUACAUCCUAGAGUUCAUCCAGGAGCUGGCUGAGGUGUUGCAAAAAUCUGAGAGAGGUUUUGUGAAGACUUGUUCAAUAAGAUGUUCCCAAAUUAGUACAGAUGAGUAAUGAGGGAUUUUCUUACCCUUUUAUUAUUAUUAUUAUUAUUAUUAUUAUUAUUAGAUAUAGGGGUAAUCUGGAUAAAAAUAUGCACAUCUGCAUUAUCUCUGCACCUUGGGGAACAUACUGUAUGAUAUUCCAUGGAUCUACUUUUGUAGGGAUUUAAACUGUAAACAGCAUAAAUUACGCAUUUGUUGUCGAAUUUCUUUUCAAUUGGACUCAUUUUAGUUUUAACUUGGUCACACAUUUCUCAUGGUAAAACUAAAACCUUAAGGAGGUUUUCAUAAAAUCUGUGCACUCAAUUGAAAUUAGCAAUAAUAUUUUAUUGCAUUUAUAUAGGUCUCAAAGCACUUCACUUUGCAGGGGGUGAUGUGGCCACGAUAACAUGAACACUGUGGAGCAACAGCGAAGAUGCACAUAUCUAAAAGGGCAUUGUCUAUGAAUGGAUUUCCUUUCGUUAUAGUUUGUCAAAGGUUAAUGCAUUACUGGGAUAAAGUACAAUCUUGUAAAUAAUGAUAGAUUGUUAUGUUGGAUAUCCAUCACUGCCCAAUGGCAGCAGGUACAUGUACAGUACAUGAGCACAGUUGCACAAUAUGAACGUGUAUCAUGUGUGGUAUAAUUUCAGUGGGAAAGCUGGAUAUUUCAAAUUUUUGUGUGUGUUAAAUGUCCUUGCACGAUAACAUGUUUGGUCAUUAAAAUACGGUAUGUUGCAAAAUUUAAGUUACACCAAAAAUACAUGUUUGAGCCAUUUCUAAAAUAGCCGUUUUCACCCCAUCCAACCGUUAUGUUAUUUGGGUUUUGUCCAGUCAACAACCAAACAAAUGUUGCUAUGCUAGCUCAAAGCUCGCAUUGGGAACAACUGUAAACCUGUUUAGUAAUGCAAAUUUACAGAAAAAUACCUUGAAAGCAGCGUGGCUUGUUAUUUACGCCAUUGCUCUCUCUUUGUAUUAAAAUGAGGGGAAAAUCAUGAUUGUGAACUUUCAAUGUAUGGUGGAAACCAUGGCACCAUUUCAACCAACGUCCAUCCUGAAUUGUCAUGGGAAGAAGUCAAUCUCGACUAUGAAACCUUUGUGCAUUUCUGGUCAUCACUGUUGAUAUAAUAUGCAAAGUGUUGCCAUUUAUAUUGUGUCUCGAGCAUUUGUGUUGCAAUGUUAAAGGAGUAAAAUGAGAUACUUGCACAGACAGGUCCAGAAUUAUUGGUACCCUUGAUAAAGAUGAGGAAAAAUUUGGGGAAAUUAUAUAUGUUAUACUAAUACAAUUGCUCAGAGAAAGAGAUUUUGGUUGACAAGUAAUAAUUGUUGUUUUCUCUAAAAAAAGAUAGGGGUCAAAAUGAUUGGCACCCCUGUUUUUAAUAUUCUGGCACCCUCCCCCUUGCGAGGAUAAUGGCACGGAGCCUUUUCUGAAUUUUUUUAUGAGAUUGGAGAACACACUGGGAGGGAUCGUAGACCAUUCCUCCAUACGGAAUCUUUCCAGAUCCUUGAUAUCCUUUGUCUGCGCUUAUGGACUGCCGGCUUCAAUUCAAACUACAGGUUUUUAUUGGGGUUCAAGUCCAUAGACAGAUGGCCAUUGCAAAAUAUUGAUUUUGUGGUCACUUAACCAUUUCCUUUGUGUAUUUUGAUAUGCGCUUGGGGUUGUUGUCUUGCUGGAAGAGCAACUUGCGGCCAAGUUUCAUCCUCUUGGCAACCUGGUUUUUGGGAUAAAAUACCUUGGUACUUGGUAAAGUUCAUGAUGCCGUUGACAUUAACAAGGGCCCCAGGACCAGUGGAAGCAAAAUAGCUCAUAACAUCAAAAGAUCCACCACCAUAAAGUAGGUAUGAGGUUAUUUUCUGCAUAUGCUUUCUUCUUUUGAUGCCAAACCCACCACACUCAUGUGCAUGGCCAAAGAGCUCUACUUAUGUCAUCUGACCAUGCUCAGGUUCCAAUCCAAGUGCCAAUGCAAACUCUCAAGCGGUUCCCUUCUGGGUUGCUCUCAAUUAUGUUUUUCUGGCAACCCUUCCAAAAAGCCUAUUGGCAUGGUGUCUAAUUAUACAUUUAAAGUCUUACUUGGUGACCCGAAGAUGUUCUGUAAUUCUCCAAAUUUGGCUCUUUAGAUGUUUCUUUACAUCCCAAACCAUCUUCCUUACUGUGUGUGGGGACAAGAUACACAUACGUCCAAUAUCAGGCAGGUUUACCACUGUUCCAGAAGUUUUAAACCUCCAAAUUGUUGGCAUAAUAGUGGUAAAUGGUAAUUUUCUUUGUACCCGUUGCCUGAUUUAUGAAGGUCCACAACCAUCUCUUUUCAUUGUGAGUUCUUUGCCUUUUCCCAUGGUGAUGGAUGAUACAUUUACAUGUGUGUUACCUAAUUUCUUUACCCCAGUAAAACAGGGUGCCAUGGAAGACCACAAUGCAGUUAUUUAAGGUGAGAUUCAUUUUUAAAAGUAGAAUGUUAAUGCAGAUUGUUUUCAUAAGAAUCUUUAGGGGUGCCAUUAAACAUUUUGAGAUAUAUAUUUUUUCUCUGAGCAAUUGUAUUAGUAUAAAAUAAUGUAAACAUUUGAGCAUACAAUAUAGCUCAGGAUUUGUACAUACAGUGUGUUCGGAAAGUAUUCAGGCCUUUGACGUUUUCCACAUUUCAUUACAUUAUUACAACCUUAUUUUAAAAUUGAUUAAAUUGUUUUACCCCUUCAAUCUACACACAAUACCCCAUAAUGACAAAGCAGAAACAGGUUUUUAGAAAUGUUUGCAAAUGUAUAAACAACAACGGAAAUUUCACAUUUACAUAAGUAUUCAGACCCUUUACGCAGUACUUUGUUGAAGCACCUUUUGCAGCGAUUACAGCCUUGAGUCUUCUUGGGUAUAAUGCUACAAGCUUGGCACACCUUUAUUUAGGGAGUUUCUCCCAUUUUUCUCUGCAGAUUCUCUAAUGCUCUGUCAGGUUGGAUGGGGAGCACCGCUGCACAGCUAUUUUCAGGUCUCUCCCGAGAUGUUAGAUUGGCUUUAAGUCCGGGCUCAGGCUGGGCAUUGUCACAAAGCCAUUCCUGCAUUGUCUUGGCUGUGUGCGUAAGGUCGUUGUCCUGUUGAAAGGUGAACCUUCGCCCCAGUCUGAGGUCCUGAGUGCUCUGGAGCAGGUUUUCAUUAAGGAUCUCUGUACUUUGCUCCGUCCAUCUUUGCCUCGAUCCUGACUAGUCUCCCAGUCCCUGCCGCUGAAAAACAUCCCCACAACAUGAUGCUGCCACCACCAUGCUUCACCAUAGGGAUGGUGCCAGAUUUCCUCCAGACGUGACACUUGGGCAUUCGGCCAAAGAGUUCAAGCUUGGUUUCAUCAGACCAGAUAAUCUAGUUUCUCAUGGUCUGAGAGUUUUACUUUUACUGGAGGAGUGGCUUCCAUCUGGCCACUACCAUAAAAGUCCUGAUUGGUGGAGUGCUCCAGAGUUCCAUCUCUACAGAGGAACUCUGGAGCUCCGUCAGAGUGACCAUUGGGUUCUUGGUCACCUCCCUGACCAACGCCCUUCUCCCCCAAUUGCUCAGUUUGGCCGGGCGGCCAGCUCUAGGAAGAGUCUUGGGGUUUCUAAACUUCUUCCAUUUAAGAAUGAUGGAGGCCACCGUGUUCAUUUCUGCAGCUUCAAUGCUGCAGAAAUGUUUUUGUACACUUCCCCAGAUGAUAUGUGCCUCGACACAAUCCUGUCUCUGAGCACUACAGUACAUUUCUCAUGGCUUGAUUUUUGCUCUGACAUGCACUGUCAACUGUGGGACCUUCAUAUAUAAACAGAAGUGUGCCUUUUCAAAUCAUGUCCAAUCAAUUGAAUUUACCACAGGUGGACACCAAUCAAGUUGUAGAAACAUCAAGGAUGAUCAACGGAAACAGGAUGCACCUGAGCUCAAUUGAGUCUAAUAGCAAAAUAAAUAAAAUAAAAUAAAAACAUACCUUAUUUACAAGAUAUUUUCCAAGAUUUAAAAAAAAAACUUUUCGCUUUGUAAUUAUGGGGUAUUUAAUCCAUUGUAUAAUAAGGCUGUAACGUAACAAAAUGUGGAAAAAGUCAAGGAGUCUGAAUAGUUUCCGAAUGCACUGUAUACAGUCUUUUUUGCUUAUCUUUAUCAAGGGUGCUAAUAAUUUUGCAUAUAAUGUAUAAGGAAUAUAAUUCAGGAAAUACUCAGUUGCACUUUUGCCAAUUAAAGAAACAUUGUAGUCAAUGCACGAGAACUGCACCUGAAUUUGUAUUUUCCUUGAGCAAAUAUAAAAAGACAUUGAAAAUGAAUCAGUAUCUCCCAAUGCUGGCCCUUGACACUCCCUUUCUCCACAUUUGAUAUUCAUGGAAUAACACCAAUAAUUGAAAUUAGAAAACAAAUUGGAUUCAACUCAUAUUUAACCCUGGCUUUGAAUCUUCGGUGUCUUUCCUGCAACCUUGUUCGUUGUGCACAUGAUUGCAACACAAUGUUUGUACUUGACCUUAAAACUGUAAUAACAAUGUAUGCACUGUUCUAAAAUGUCAGAUUUGGAGGAAUACUAAUAAUGAAUAGUAAGGAAGGUUUUCACACCCCUUGCCUUUUUACAUAUUUUGUUGUUACAGCAUGAAUUUAAAAUGUAUUAUAUUUCAAUUUUUUUUGUCACUGGUCUACACACAAAUUAUGGAAUUAUGUUUUUAGACAUGUUUACAAAAAUGAAAAGCUUAAAUGUCUUGAGUCAAUAAGUAUUCAACCCCUUUGCUAUGGCAAGCCUAAAAAAGUUCAGGAGUAAAAAUGUGCUUAAGUCACUGUGUUCAAUAAUAGUUUUUAAACAUGAAUUUAGAAGGACUACCUCUGUACCCCACACAUACAAUUAUCUGUAAGAUCCCUCAGUUGAAGCUGUGAAUUUCAACCACAAUACACCCAGGAGGUUUUGCAAUGCCUCGGAAAGGGGACCUAUUGGUAGAUGGGUAAAAAAAACACACACACACACACACACACACACACACACACACACACACACA